CAACAUCUCUUUUUAAGUCUCGACUUCAACUUUACCUCCUAUAUAUAUAUUCCUCCUUUCAUUCUCUCAUCUGCAUCAAAACUUGUUCACUCUUCAUAUAUAUUAUUCACACAGAAUAUAUGGAGGAACUACAGUUUCAAACACAAGUAAACAAUAACAACACAGCUGCUAAUGGACGUAUAAAACUCUUUGGUUUCAACGUCACGGAAGAAGAUGAAGAGGUGGACUCCACCAAGACGCCGUCCGGUUCGUCGGACUCCGGCGGGGUUCCUCCCACCGAUGGCCGGAAAUACGAGUGUCAGUACUGCUGUCGUGAAUUCGCGAACUCACAAGCGCUAGGUGGCCAUCAAAACGCUCACAAAAAAGAGAGGCAGCAGUUAAAGCGAGCUCAAAUGCAAGCUUCUCGAAACGCCGCCGUUUCGUACAUGAGAAACCCUAUGGUGUCCGCUUUUGCGCCGCCUCCUCACCUGCUAGCCCCGUCGAUGCCGAUGAUUUUGCCCUCGGCUGCCGCACCGCCGUCGUGGAUGUACGUGCCACGCGCCGCACAGCCUUUUCAGGUUUCGCAUGGGAGUGUUUUCCCUUCCACGUCCACGUCAUCGUCUGUCGGGAGAGGUGCAGGGACGUUAUCGUACGCUGGCGGUGUAGCGGAGUCUACAUUGACCAGUGUCGGGCCUCAGCAAGGGCGAGCCCAUCAUGAUGGGCCUUCGUUGAGUAGGUUUUCUAGAGGAGACGGUGGGCCCAGCUUCGACGAUGCUUUCGGCUUGGAUUUGCAUUUGAGCUUGGCUCCAGCCGCGCCAUGACUAGGAUCUAGCCGUGCUUUUAGUUCCAAAAAUCUGAAAUUUGUAGUAGUCGGCUUUGUGGCUUGUCGCUCUCUUAGUUUCAGCUGGUGGGAAGCUGAUGUUUAUUUCUCACUUACUCGGAUCAUCUCUGUACAUUUUCAUCAUUUUUAUUUAAUUUAUUUUUUUAA